AUCCCUCUCUCCCACAGCGUCCAUUACAAUUACAUGCAAAUGAAAUAUUAUGAAAAUUAGGGGAAUGGCGUCAUUUAGCGACUUCUAGGACAGCCAAUAGCUACUUUCCUUACUGAGGCGUUGGCAACACGUCAGUUAGCAAGCUUUAGCUGUUGUUUUACUGGGUUAGCCGGUGGUGAAUUGACAGUAAAAAAAAAACAAAAACAUGGGAAGAAAGAAGAAAAAGCAAAUGAAACCUUGGUGUUGGUACUGUAACAGAGACUUUGAUGACGAAAAGAUUCUCAUUCAACAUCAAAAGGCGAAACAUUUCAAGUGCCACAUCUGUCAUAAAAAGCUGUACACUGGCCCUGGGCUCGCAAUCCAUUGCAUGCAGGUACAUAAAGAGACAAUUGAUGGAGUUCCUAAUGCAAUACCUGGAAGGACAGAUAUUGAACUGGAGAUAUAUGGCAUGGAAGGUAUUCCAGAGAAAGAUAUGGAAGAGAGAAGAAGAGUGCUAGAACAGAAGAACCAAGAGACUCAGAAGAGAAAGCAGAAUCAGGAUGACUCUGAUGAGUAUGAUGAUGACGAUGAUGAUGAUGAGCCUGGUCCCUCCUUUCAGCAGCCUGCUGCAGACCAGCCUCAGGCAGGCUAUAUCACCCCUGUGACCCAGCCUGGCAUGGCUCCUCGCUCCGGUACUACAGGUAUACCACCAGGCAGUUACUCAGGUGGGAAACAGUUCCUUUACUUGAAUUUCCAUAAGCCAGCCACUGAGCUAAUCCCAGAUAACUCUGUACUGGUGUCAUGCUGUUUACCAAAGGUGAUCACACAGCUGUUCCAUUCAUAUUUAUGUACAACAUUGGCAUUUUCUUCCAGUAUGUCAUCUAAAGCUGUGCUUUUUUGGUGUGUAAAUAAUAAUAAGCCAUUUAAAUUUGCAGUUUAUUCAGUCACGUAUUGUCUUCACAUUUUCCCCUUAUAUACUGAAUUUGUUCUGUGGUUGUCAGGCAUGCCUCCUCCACUGGGCCACCGUCCAGGCAUCACACACAUGGCCCAGGUCCCCUCUGCUGCUAAUGUGCUGACGAGACCUGUGGUUCCUGUCGCCACUGGCCCUUCAGUCCAGCCUGAUAUCACCAAGCCUCUGUUCCCCAUUGCUGGACAGAUGGACAGUCGGGUUGCAAUUACAAGUGCAGAAUCUCAGUCCGCCUGCCCUAAAGCUCUGUUCUCUGUCUCAUCACAAAGUCAGCAGACAGUGUCCCCCCACCCUCCCUCGUCUGAACCCUCAACGCCCACGUUCCCAGCCUACACUCAGGCCACGGCAGCGGUGACCAGCCCCACUCCUGGCAGCAGUACAGUCUCCAAACCUCCCUCUGCUGUAACCAGUAAGCCUGCCACCCUCACCACCUCCAGUGCAACCAGUAAGUUGAUCCAUCCUGAUGAGGAUAUGUCACUGGAAGAGUUGCGGGCUCAGCUGACCAGAUACCAAUGCAGCGUUCCACACAGAGGCCAGGCCGCCGCCACUGCUCCCUCAGUGGGUCCCGGGGGCGGUUUACUGGCUCCUCAGCAGCCCAGCAUGAGGCAUCCCAUACCUGGUCAGUAUGGUGGUCCACCACAGGGGAUGCCAGGCUACAUGCCUCCGCUUGGACAGGCCUCUUCUGUGGGUCCAUCAGCGUACCAGGGAGCCCCUCCACUGCCACCACCGAUGGGUGUGAGACCCCCUGUCAUGUCUCCCGGAAGCCGCUACUGAAGCCCGUCUUCCUCUCUUCUAUAGGUUUGGACACUAAACCCUUUUUUAAUGUGCUGAGUAAACAAACCAGUACUGGUGUUAUAGUAACACGACGUCCUGUUUUUCUACUACUGAGCUAUGAGGAAGAGAGACUGAAUAGAAAAGCAUCAGAACGCAUGGGAAAUGUGUAGUGUUCCUUAACCCCAACUCAACUGUGUUUCAAACCAUCUCUGUUCUGUGGCUUUUUUCCUUGUCGUGUUUCAUUUAGGUGUGUAGAAGUUAGUAGAUAUGGUUCGUAUUGUUGUGAAGGCGCUGGAGUUACAUGGGCAGUACCCACCCUAUAUCAAGGCAAGUUUGAUGUAAAUACAUUUCUGUUCCAAGCUAAACAGUGAGGCCUUCACAGCACCUAGUGCUGUUGGACUUUGUGUCCCCAACUUUGUUUGGUGAGGGCUUCGAGUAACUGAUUCUGUUUUGUGUUAAUUCUGAAGAAAUAUUCCCUUAACUUUCAAAUGGCAUCUGUACUGUUGUAAAACUGUAAUAAAAUGUGGCAAAGAUGCAAGACUCUUCUUUACGGGACAUCAGUGGGGAAAGAGACGUCACAGCAGGUUUGUACUGCAGUAAAACUACAGGGUGACUGGUUUUGUUGUCUAUUAACAGAAAUGCUGUGGAGUUCAAAUUUAAAAUGCUGUUAUAUUUUGACUGAGUAACAUUUUUAAACUGUUGCUCUGUACUUGGCACUGGCAGACUGGCCUUUGACACUCAGUGCUUUGUACAGCUGCAUAACGUGGGGUCACUAGUGGCUGUAGUGCUAAAACCCAGAUUUCUCUUCUCCCUGUAGCAAUGCCAUGGGGACUGGCUGAGGCCCUGUCUCAGUGUAGCCCUGUUUCAGCCUGAGGCAAGUCUCACCGUUUUCUCUUUCAUUCAUUACCAGGGGCCCUCACAGCUUACACGCUGUUGGAUCUCCAUGUCCCCAAACUUGCAAGUUUGGUGAAGGCCCUUGUUUGUGUUGUUCCGUUUAGGCAUCAUUUAGCUCAUUGAUUAUAGUUUAAGCUCUUAUGCCAGUGAACCUGCAUCUUCCAUUAAUUACUGGUGAGUGCAUCAGAAAACUAUUUUCAUUUAGCAGCACUACACUGACUGUAUAGAUCUUUUUCAUGUUUAGAAGCUGAUGUUUUGGCCAAAAGUCGCAUUAUUAAACUGGUACAUAUUAACAGUCUGUCACCUGCAGCCAUGUGUACGGCAAACUGUGUACUGGGAGGUGUGUGCUGAACAAAUGGCUUUUCAUGUGCUUGUUAAAUGACUUUGCCACUUAAUCCUAUUUGUUUCAUCAGCUUUCCUCACUUGAUCAUUUGAAUUUUACUUACAUGAAGGAGAAUCUCUGCCAGUAACAGGUUAGUUAAAGCUGUAAGUACUACUGCUAUGAUUUUAAGUUUGUCUACCUGUGUUUUGUGUGCACAUGUUAAUAUUGUCAGUUUUCUUUUUUUUUUUACACAAAAAGGAGCCCACAAUGAUUAAGCAUUCAACACUAAUGGAAGCCACUCCAUUAUAAUGCCUAGUUAAUACUUGUGUAAGACUUUUUUCCUGCUGCUUCUACAGAAGUGCAUUCCAUUAAAGAAAAAUACUGGAAGCUCUUAUCUUGUAAUUAUGACUCCGUAUCUCAUCAUAGUGAGCCCUUUCUCAUAGUUAUGAGAUAAUGCAGGAGUUGAACACUGCAGAACUUUCCCAAGAAUCAUCAGGCUUGAACAAAUUCUUUGUCAGAGUAAUAGAGUUGUCAGUACAUCCAAUAGUGCAUAGCCUAAGUGAACUGUUUGGCAUAUUUGGUUUUCAAAAACCAACAAAAAUGGGCUAAAAACAGGCCUCCAAGUUGCUGCCUACAGUGUAACUAAAUAUGUACACAUACUGAGCAGCUUCAGAACCUGCUUAAGAAACACUGGGUUUAAGGUUUCUUCAGUAGGCCAUUUACAUAAUUCUGACAGCACAUCCAACAGCCUACAUAGCAAAAUUAAACUUCUAGUAGACAAAUUGGUGUAGUGCCCCCUCCC